UGACAAGUGCGCGCGCGUCCACAUACGCUCGCCUCUGGCGCUUUAAUUCAGUUUGUAUUCCACGCGCAUAGACUGCAGCUGAACGACAUGGCGUCGGUGACUUUAGGACAGCACCCCGCUCGACACCACCUCGACUCGGACCAGCAACUGUUACACAAACUAAAAAACAACGACAGAAAGAAAUUCAAGCGCAAAUGGUCUCUGGAAAAGAUCACGCGCCAUCGAGCGAGCGACGCAGUCUCAGCACCGGUUACGUUAUUAAAUCAUCACGAGCACCCCUCAGCAUCUCAACACCGAAUCGGUUCGCCACGUAGUGCUAUGGAUGUGAUUGCGGACACGCGGAAUACAGAGACCGAGAUGCCCAAACGCUCGCACGGUGGUACGGCUAGUAGCCACGAGCUGCAGCAGAGCCUCAUGGACAGAGAAAACGUGAACAAUAAUAACGGGAUAUUUAGCAAGUACACGACAGUGAGCCGGAGAAGCUCGGUGAAGGACACGGGACAUGUUCACGUGCCACCAUCACUUGACAAUCCAUCCCAAAGCGCAAACUUCACGGUGCCUGACGGACUGGAGGGUCUGCAGAUCGACCGGCUGACACAAGCGAGGUCAGGGGUCGUGAAGAUGCGCAGCGAGCCUCUGAGGAGAGAGGCAUGGUCCAUCUUUAAUCAGAGAGACCCAAGGGUGAAGACAGAGAGGGGAGAGGGACACAAUUUCACCUCCAGACAGGUCAGCCAGGAUUGGUGUGAUGCUUGCAACCGGCAUAUCAGUACCGCUGCGUUCAAAUGUCAAAACUGCAGCUACACAUGUCAUUUGGAGUGUCAAGGACUUGUGCAGCUGGACUGCAACCAACUAGACCAUCAGACAGAGAAUGUGUCUCCCACCAACACUUUACAAAGGCCUGGCAACACAGAUCAUCAGGAGACGAGUGUCACAAGAGAGGAAGAGGAAGAGGAAGAAAAUGCAACAAACCUCACAGAAGAUGAGAUUAAAGCAAAAAUCGAGGACUAUAACUCUAAAGUUACAGAGAAUGGAAUGAAACUAGGUUCAGAUGGCACAUACACUGGCUUCAUAAAGGUUCACUUGAAGUUGCGCAGACCUGUGACCGUUAUCUCUGAUGACAAGUUACAAGGUCUGUGUUCCUCUCCUGAUAACGCUGAUAACCGCACAUCCUUCUACCUGCCGAAAGAUGCGGUAAAACAAUUACACAUCAGCAGCACCACCACGGUUCGUGAGGUCAUCCAAGGCUUGCUGAAGAAGUUCAUGGUACAAGAUAACCCAUGCAAGUUCGCCCUUUAUCGACUGACCCGUCGACACAGCCAGGCUUUUUUGGAGAAGUUGCCGUUACCAGACUGCCCACUGUACCUGAGGCUCUUAGCAGGUCCUGAUCAGGAGAACUUGACCUUUGAACUCAGGGAAAAUGAGACUGGGGAAGUGGAGUGGCAUGCAUUCUCAGUUCCUGAACUUCAGAACUUCCUGAUCAUAUUGGAGAAGGAAGAGAACGAGCGCGUGCGGCAGGUGGAGCAGCGUUACGCCGCUUACAAAGAGAAGUUACAACAAGCUCUGUGUAAAGUUAAAGGCAAGCCAGGUUAACGCAGAACAUCGAAUCUCCUUCAGCCCACUGAGCCGACACAGGGCCAGUUUGGAGGACCGAUGGCCCAAAAGACUUGCUUACAAACCCUCCACUCAGCUCUCUUUAAAGCUGACUCUGUGACCUUUGAUCCAAAAUUAGGAGCAAAUGGUGCAAGAGAUGACUAAAACAAAGAGAUGAGGCUGGACCUAAAGGUUAAUACUUAAAAAAAUCAUAUUUUUUCUCUGGAAAUCGCACACACUGUUUAAGCCCAGAAGUAUGUUUCUGGCAGUCAUGCUUUUUGAAUGGGUUUCGUUUUUCUUGUUGUUUUUACAUCGACCAGGUCUGUCUGUGUAUUUUUUUACAUGCUGCUGCUAUUGCUGCUACUGCAAGUGUUACUUAAAGCAUGACUUUCCUUUUGGUCUUUCUGCUUGUGUCUAGCGCAUGUCCUCUAUCAGGGAAUAUCUGUAUAAAAUAGGGGAGUACACAAAAGCACUUCCUCUGGGAACUUGAGAUGAUUUAAGAUACAUUUUGAUGCCUGUAAUAUAUCAGAGGACAGUAACUUCGUCCACAUAGCAAAUUAUACACGGUUCAGAAACAUACUGAAAAAUAAAUAUUACUCUUUAUACUUGAGAUCAUCUGAAUACAACUUUGAACUUGUACUGUAUUUUACUGAAAACGGCUACUGCUCAGUUCUGUAAACCUUUGGUCACAUCGUGAUUGACCUUAAAACAAUCACCCCCGUCCCUCCAUUUUAAUUUUAAAAACAAAAUGGCCGCACUUCUCCAGUAAAGCCAUGAUAAGACCCACAGCACUGUACAUAAUCUUAAAAAAAGCCUUGGUAUGUUUAAAUAGAUAAGAACUGCAGAUAUAUUGGAGUUGAUUCUUAAAAUGUGAAAAGGCACCCGUGUAGACUGUUACUUAAAGUGUUGGGUCUCUAAAAAGAGCCCUCGUCUAUUCAGGUGUCAAAUGAAAACUUGUCGAAAGUUUUCUUCUAGCCUCAGCACUGACAAAUCACUCGCUCAAGUAUACCAACAGUGCUUUUAGCACAUGUAAAACACAAGGUCAUUAGAAUUAGGGGAUGGCAUCUAGCGUUCUGAAGGGUUCUGUGAAUCCAAACCAUACUGGGCAAAUGGGUUACGAAAAGUAUUCGAAUCUAUAUUACACCAAAGUAAAUAGGGAAGGUUGCCCUGUAUUGUAUAAAAAUAAAUUGCAUUUCAAAGAUAAUGUAGAGAUUGUUCUGAUCAUGUUAAAUUGUAUUGUGAUGUCAGGACUUUUAUUAUUAAAACACCUGCACAGGCCACUAAGUGGUCAGCCAGUAUGUACAGUGGUCCAUAUUAUUCUGUAUCUUAUUUGCUUCAAUAACAUCUAUUUAUAAAGGGAAUUGUGUUUUAAUGAUUGUGUUUCAACAUUGGAGGUGCAUGCAAUUUUGUUUGUGGCACUGGGGGUGCUUUAUUCACUUAAAAGCACUAGAUAGAAAGUAGAUUUUUGGGUGAACUUCAAUUUAUGGAUAGUGGCUAGCCUUAAAAAUCACAGAAUCGUUCAGUUUAAUGUUCCUGCAACUGUUAAAGAGAGAGUUCAUCCAAAAAAUUGUGUCAUUAUUUACUCACCCUCAAGUUGUUACAAACCUGUAUACAUUUCUUUGUUUUCCUAAACACAAAGGAAGAUUUUGUCAUUGAGCAGGAAACAGGAGCACCAUUCACUUUCAAAAAUACUAUUGAAGUGAAUGGUGCUCAACAAUGAUUUGAUUUUUCAAAGGGUUUCAUUCAAAAUAUCUUUGUGCUCAUCAGAACAAAGAAAUGCAUACAGGUUUGGAUCAACUUGUGGGUGAGUAAAUGAUGACCGAAUGUUUAUUUUUGGGUGAACUAUCCCUUUAAUUUGCUUCUUUUUUUUACAGACACACAUUUAAAUCCCACUCCCAUUUCUUUCUAAACCAAUUUUUGGAUUAAAUAAUAUUUCAUGGCGCUUUAAAGGCAAGUUUCCAUUAAGAUUCACUCUGCCCUUGUGCUUGCCUUGUAUAUUUUGAUCUUGUGGGUGCACCCCCUUGUGAUCUGGAGGUAUUACUUCCACCCUUAAGCAAAAGGCAGGGGCAUUGUUUGCUCAGGCUGCAUUUCCAACAGCCAAAUUCCCGCUGGCAGUGCCUUUAGUCUCCGUGUAGCGUACUUUGAUUUUCUACUGUACAUAUGCUUUAGAUAUCUGCCCCUAUAACCCCACAUGUUGAAAUAUUGUACACACGUACAGUGGCAGUAGGUGCUUUUAAUGUCAGGGCCGAUAUGUCCAGAAGGGACUUUUUGGCACUUGUGUUUAUUGUUGAAGAGUGUAUGUGUGAAUGUGUGUGUGUGUAAGUGCAUUUGUUUAAUUUAUUUUAUUUUUUUGGUUCAGUUGUGUGUAAACUUGAAUAUGUGGACGAAUCAGUUCUAUCAAGCAAUCUUUAAAAUGCUGAAAAUGUCUAUAAAGCUGUAAAUAUAUAUGAAGAGUGAAAUAAAAAGUCAUCUUUUAAUGGUGA